AUGCCCGAUUCUUUGAUAAAUGAAUACUCCAAAUUCGGACAUAAGUCGGCCUCUCUGGGCUAUCGAGUCUCUUCUGUCGGCCCUCAAGUAAACCCAGUCACAUCGUCCGUCGUCCUUUUCUCUGGAGAUCUGGGUCUAGAUUGGUGGCUUGGCACCUCAUCGGUUGAUCUUGCUGGUCCAUCCACCUGCUGCAACUGGGCCCGCUUUUCUUGGCGCUGGUUGGCCCACAUCUGUCUUUCCGAUACAACUGCUGUUACUCCUGAUUCUGGCCAAGUUCACUCCAUGGGCCCAGCAAGGCAGCAUCAACUUCGGCAGCUACUUCAACGCUUUACUGAAUAUUUGGGUCUGUCCCAAGCCGAUCCUGCAACGCGUUUGCUUUCAUCCCGCCUGCUGACUACUUGCUCCCCCACAAGUGACCAGGACUCCACAGUUGCUAUAGAAACUUUCGAAGGAGAGGAUACAGCAACAAUUUGCAGUUUAUCGGAUGGUUACUAUCCAGAAAGCCAAAGGGACAAGAUGGUGAGAGGGAAGAAUUAUAUAAUAAAGGGUAAUGAAGCCUCUCAGAACCUGGUAGAUGGAGAGGUGAGCCAACUUAUUUUCACAUAUUUUGAUGCUGAAAUGGUGUGGUUUUUAAUUGGCACCUUGCUGAACGUACCCAGUUCUGUGUCCUCUGCCAUAGUAUUGACGAUGAUUUUCAGUAUCUGA